AUGUCUCGCAAAAUCAUAUUGAUCACUGGAAUCAACGGAUACUUGGCCUCAAAUACUGGCACGGCUGUGUUACAAGCAGGCCAUAUUCUACGUGGCACAUGUCGUUCCCGUGAGAGGGUAACAGCUUUGCUGGAAGGGCCAUGGAAGGAAUAUGAAUCCCAAAUCGAAAUCGCUGUUGUGCCAGACAUAAGUGACGUGGAUGCGUUCGACGAAGCUGUCAAAGGGGUAUCUGCCAUCAUUCAUAUGGCCGCGCCAGUCAUCAGUCCCGCAAUCACCAAGGCUUCGACUCAGUUGAUCGAACCUACAAUUGCCGGAACACGAAACUUGCUCAAUUCGGCUAUCAAGUAUGCUGGCAACCAACUGGAGAUAUUUGUCUUCACUUCAUCCGCAGCAGCUUGCAUUAAGCCCGGCGCUCAACCCCCGCACGUCUAUAAUGACGAUAGCUGGAAUAUCAUCCACCCGGCAAUCGUGGAGAAGGAGGGCGACAACGUGUCUAUCUUCACUUCCUACCCGGUCGCGAAGAUCAAGGCAGAGAAGUAUGUUUGGUCUCUUUACGAAAGCAAGGUACAAUUUGCCAUUGCUUCUAUUUGUGGAUCUAUCGCGACCGGUCCGCCAAUUGUUCUCCCAGAAUCUGAAAAUGAGAUUCCAUCGACCUGCAAGUCCAUCCUGAAUGCUCUCCGAGGGCUGGAAUUGCCUGGGCCUCAGGACCACAUUGCCAAAAUUGCCGGAGCCGCCCCAUACUCGGAUAUCCGCGAUAUCGCCAAAAUCUACCUAUGGUGCACCGAGAACCCUAAACUGGCAGACGGGCAGCGAUAUUUGGUUGUCGCGGGGCAUGGGCCCCAGAAGGCAAUCUAUGAUAUUCUCAAAGAAGCCUAUCCAGACCGCGCGCAUAUCAUCCCCGAUGGGGACACAGCUUUCCGCUAUAACAAGGACUGGACCUUUGAUGAGAAUGGGGUCCGAUUUGACUCUAGCAAGGUACAGAAGCAUGUCGGAUUGACUUUCAAGACGUACAAAGAGACGAUUCUGGAUACUGCGGAGGCUUUGGCCCCAUAUUGGAAGUAA